AUGGGUUGCCAAGAGCAAGAGAAAGAAUUAUUUAGACAAGAGUUUGAGUCUGACAUUAGAACAGUGAAAGAGGAGGAGAAACUGAUAAUAGGAGCUGUUAUGAAUGGCAGGGUGGGAAAGAGAAGAGAUGGGUAUGAGGAGGUACAAAGAGGCCAUGGGUUUGGAAUCAGAAAUGAAGAUGGGGAUUAUUUAUUGGAGAUGGCUCAGAGUUUUGAAUUGGCCUGUAUGAACACAUGGCUUCAGAUGUUCGAUAUGUACUUGAUAACAUUUGAAAAUGGAGGAGUGCAGAGCCAAAUUGAUUACAUCCCGGGUAGAGGAGGCGACAAAAGCAAUGUGACAAACUGCAAAGUUGGUGGUGAUGGAUUUUAA